CAGCUGGAAAACGAGUCUCACAAACUCGAUUUUAUUGUACAGUUCUAUUGCUUUAUUCGUGUCUGAUGUCUGGUCAUGUCUUGUCCCACAGCUCCAGGAUGAGCCUUUGCAGUUUGCACAUGCUCACUCAGCUCCAGAGUCAGCCUUUGCAGUUUGCACAUGCUCAUUUUCUUAUAGGAGCAACAUUUAUCAAAUUUGAAAAAGAGACCCACAUCCUUCCUCUCACUCAUUUUCAUUUCAGCAUAAACUUCAAGUCACCCCACAUCCUCAUGUCAGGUUCACAACAUCUGAAGAAUAUUGAUAUAAAUGUAUACUACGGUGGACCUCUUAACAAUCCUGGGGGGAUUGAGGGAUUUCCAUUUACAGGGCCGGGUAUCCAAUGCUACCCCAUGAUGAUACGUCGUAAGUUGAAGACGUUGAUUGAUUUGAAGUUGAAAAUAAUGGACGAAUUGAAUUUGAACUCUGCUUGGUAUGACAUCAAGAUUAUUUAUCGUUACCCACAAGAAGUCCUACAUGAACGGAUAAAUUACGGGUAUAUGGCGAUUAAAGAAGACAAACAUGUGAAGAUGAUGUUUAAUAGGAUCCAGAAAAUGCCCCAAGUAAAUGCUGCUGAGUUGUACAUAAGUUCAGAGCCGCUUGCGGAAGUUGAUACUGAGAUGGUGCAACAAACAACUACGUCUUUACAAUUUACAGCCCUUGAUGAUGGAUGCACUGCAAUGGGAGGGUAUACAAUGGGAGAUUAUAUGCUCCCAUCUCAAGAUCAUGUUGUAAAUACUGGUGAAACCCUCCAUUGUCAAGAGACACAUUUAGAGGAGGAUGACGAAGACGAAGACUAUGUUGAAGACGAAGACUAUGUUGAAGACGAAGACUAUGUUGAAGACGAAGACGAAGACGAAGACGAAGAUCAUGCUACAAAUGAUGGUGAAAGUAUUGAUGGUGUGGAUGAGUACGAAGAGAGGAUUGAACGAGGUGACCUUGAGAACGAUGUGGAUGACCAUGAAGUCGUUCCCCAUUUUGAAGAGGAAAAUAUGGAGUUCGAUGAUGAAGAUGAUGCAGACGAUGAUAUUGGCAUCCAGCGUGAUACAAAUACGACCACUGGCUACAGACCUCCUGCCGACUCAUUCUACGCAAAUACUUGGGAAAAUAUGUUUGAUCCUUCACGUCUAUUAGAACCAUUUGUUUGUACUUGGCAAGAUGGGAUGCAUUUUUGUAAAGGGUUGACUUUUGCAAAUAAAUCGGCGGUGAAACGUGCAUUGACAAUAUAUGCAGCAAAUGAUAAUAGAAAUUUUAUAACCCGGAGGUCGAACACCACAAAAUUGUGCGUCGCAUGCGUUGAUGACAACUGCAAGUGGUAUGUUGGGGCAUUCAAGAAGAAUAAACUUAAUGGUCUGUGGGUGGUCACGUCUUAUGUGGGUCCACACACUUGUAUACCCUUUGGCCUGCAAAGAGACGGUAGAAUGAUGGAUUCUAAUUUUGUUGCAUCAGAAAUUGUGGAAAAAUUGCGACAAAAUCACACUGCUCGUAUUGAUGAGCUCUGGGAGAUCAUACGUACUAAGUAUAAUCAUGAGCUUUCUUACUAUAAAGUAUGGGACGCAAAACAAAAGGCAAUUGCUAAGAUAUUUGGGGAUUGGGAGGAGUCUUACCAAAGGUUGCGGAAAUUGUUGUUGGCAUACUUGGAUCAGGACUCAGGUACCAAGUACAGCUAUCACACCAUACCUAGGCCAUACGAAGGUAUUGCGGUACUUCACUAUGUAUAUUGGGCAUUCGCUCCAUGCAUUGCUGCAUUCAAAUAUUGCAGGCCAGUGAUCAGUAUUGAUGGGACUCAUUUGUAUGGUAAAUACAAAGGGGUGUUGAUGAUUGCAAUGGCAACUGAUGCUAACCAAAAGGUUUUGCCUCUCGCCUUUGCUGUUGUAGACAAGGAGUCAGGGCCUAGUUGGGGUUGGUUUUUAGAGUGUGUUAGGACUUCCAUAGAGCAUGUCAUACCUAAGGAUGGCAUUUGCAUUAUUUCUGACCGACAUAAAGGUAUCAAAUGCGCCAUUCGAGAGUGGCCUAUAGGUGAGGACGGAAGAGAACAGGUAUAUCAUCGAUAUUGCCUUCGACAUGUUGCUAGCAACUUCAACACAAAAUUUAAGGACCCGACUUUAAAGGCAUUGGCCUUGAAAGCUGGAUAUGCAACUCAUGAAGCAAAAUUCACGUCCAUAAUGCAAACUAUUAAGGAGGCCGAGAUUAAUUUACUGAGGGGUGUAGACCCUACUGAUCGCCACAUCCUACGCUAUAUGCCUUACACAUAUCUAAUGAGUGAGGAUGUUGAUAAAUGGACCCAGUCACAGGAUGGUGGAAGACGUUACGGGGCAAUGACAACCAAUAUCUCUGAGUGUUUUAAUGGGGUACUUAAAGGUGCCCGCGGUUUGCCCAUUGCUGCAAUGGUUGAGUUCACAUGGUCCAAACUUGUUGCAUAUUUCUACGAUCGACAUGAAAAAAUUCUUUCUGAUCUCUCUCAAGGUAAGGUGUGGAGUGAUUAUGCAAUGAAGAUCUAUAACAAAAAUGAGCAGAAAACUGCAGGACACACUCUGAGGAAUUUUAAUCAUGAAAUUGGUGUAUAUCAAGUGGUUACCCCGUAUAACGAUCAUAGAGGUGGAGGAGGAAACCACAGUCAUGAAGUGCACGUAAUUGAGCAAACAUGUGGUUGUGGGAAGUGGCAAAACUUGAAGAUCCCUUGUUCACAUGCAAUUAAAGUUCUUAAAGGUCUGCACCUCGAUGCGACCAGCUAUAUUGACCCAUGUUACAGUUUGAACAACGCCAUUCAGACAUAUUCACAUCAUUUUGUGGUGCCAAAAUCAGAGUCAUUGUGGAGGGAUGUUCGCGGACCACGAUGGGUGCCUAACCCACAGCUGUUGCGGGGCAAAGGUCGUCCUGUGAAGUCAAGAUUAAGGAAUGAAAUGGAUGGGAUACAACGAGAACGGGGAAGCCGGAGGGAAGAUCCGGACUUGAGGGAGAUUCAACCAAGGCAACGAUGUGGAGUGUGUCAUCAAGAGGGGCAUAACCGCAGAUGCUGUCCCAAUUCCCAUGGGGCUUCGACAAGUGGUAGUGCUGCAAACUAGGCGAGCGGAGACUGGAUUUUUGAAUGGCAUUGUACGUGGGACUUGUGGUUAUGUUCGGUAUGGACAAGUGCAGCAAAUUCUAUGUAGACUAUGUUGUAUCAGUAUGGAAAUGUUAUAGGUGACUAUGUAGAGUAUGUUGUAUUAGUAUGGACAAGUGUUAGACGACUAUGUAGACUAUGUUGUAUUGACUUAGUUUGUAUUUUGUUUAUUGCUAAAUAUUGUGGUAAUUGAACAUUUGUUAUCCAUUGUACUCGUUACAUUAAUUGCGUUGUGCAGCUUUUGCCUGUAAUGCAAUGAUAUGGCAUUGGCAAUGUAGCUACUACUUUGCCAACUUCAAC